AUGACGGUCAAGAUCUGGGACGCGGGCGGUGGCGACUGCCUGCAGACUCUCGAGGUUGGCAGGUCUCUCCGCGAUCUAUCAUUUGAUUCUACUGAUUUCUGUCUUCACACUGAGAUUGGUACUAUCAUCACUGGUGGCUCUACAGCACCAACCUGGGCAACAGCUGCUACAGAGCCUCAACCUCCUCAGCACCAGUGCCCGGCGCUUAGUUCGGAUAACAACUGGAUAACGUAUAAUUCAAAGAGGGUCCUAUGGCUACCCACAGAGUACCACCCUUCAUCCUCCGCUGUAUCUGGAAAAAUGAUUGGAUAA